GUCUUUGUGCACUUCCGGAGGAUGAGCGGGGGGAUGGGGUUGCCGAUGCUGUUGCCGACCUCGAGCACAUCCUGCAGGAGGCCAGCAACCGUACCCGUUCGAAGCGCAGCAAGCAGCUGGUGGAGAAUGGGGACCUCAGCCAACUGCGAGAGAAGGCUCUUCAAGCCUUUCGCGACCAGGAGCGACUCUCCCUCAACGAAGCGCUGGAGCAGGGUGCAGUGCCCUGCCGUCGACGCGGCUGCCGGCGGCGCCACGACAACUCUGUCUCGAGCAUUCUUGGCCUCGGUUUCUGCAGCCCGCAGUGUGCAGAGAAGGACAACGAGAGACAGCACAAAGCGCUGGAGAAGUGCGUGGAUGAGGAGGGCUUCAACGCUGCGGGCCUCCACGAGCUAGACAUGGGCUGGCUCACGCAGUAUGGCGUCGGAAUGGUUGGGGGAAUGAGCAGACUGAGAUUCUUGGUGUUUAACGAAGACAUCGCCUUCCGUCUCAGUUUCGAACACUGCGCCCGGCAUGUGGAAGAGGCUGCUGGCUUGUCGCUGGAUGGUGUGCGGAGCUAUUUUCGCACCGAGCAAGAGAGGCGCAAUGCCGCAGCCACCCAAGCCAUGGCAUCGUUGCAGCUGAACUACCAGGCAGCGCACAAAGUCUUCCCUGCUGCCUGGAGCCUCCUGCAGGCGGCAGUUGAGGACGUGGGUCUUGAAGCCGAUGCAGUGCUUUUCAGCUUUGCGAACGCCGGACGCGUAAUGCGGGCCACUGCGUGCGCGGCCUGCGACCGACAGUCGAUCAAGGAUUACAGCAAGACCUCAAGCUUCCUGUCUUUCUCCAUCCUCGUGCCCGAGAACGAUGCUUGGAAGAUGUGCGAGGUGUACGACCGCCUGGCAGCCAGGGGAGUCAUCACUGUCCGUCUCUGGAACAAACUGACUCCGAAGGCCUACUAUGGGGAGUAUGCCAUGCAUGUCCUUUUGAACUGCAAGCUGCAAGCCACUGGCCACAUCUUCGAAGUCCGGCUCUGCUUUGGUGCUUUCUACCACCUGGAGCAAGACUUGAGCUGGCUCUGCGACUGGCGCGAACUGCUGCGCUCCCAGCACCACUUUCUCCCUGGCGAAGAAAACCACUACCAGGGUCAGGUCAGGGACAAGGUGGGACAGCUCAUUGAUGUGGAAGUCUUGACGCCCAAGUCCGCCCUCCCGGGUAAGCCAGAUGGCGAGGGUGUGAUGUGCUAUGCGGAUGGUGGAGACCUUUACCGGGGCCAGUGGGUCCAGGGCAAAAAGCAUGGUCAAGGAGCACAAUACUACUGCUCUGGAGACAGCUACCAGGGCGAAUACCAGAAUCACAAGAAGCAUGGCCAGGGCAUCUACCGAUAUGCCGAUGGCGAUUGUCACGAGGGCCAGUACCUGGAAGGCCGGAAACAUGGUUCCGGCUUGUACUGGUACUCGGACGGCCGCGUCCUGGUAUCCAACUACGACCACGAUCAGCAAUCAGGACCCGGGGUCGUCUGGAGCACCGAUGGUCUUCAGGCUUGGCUCACGGAGUCAGGCAUCGAGGUGUCGGACCUGGAUCUCGACACAGCCGAUGAGAAAGCAAGGGAGAUGGGCUUCCCAUCCUUCCCGCGUGAUUGA